UAAACAUUCAAAUCUUUAACAAUCAUGUAAAAUUUUCCAGUUAAUUUUGGUUUUAUCAAGAAAACUCAAGAUAAAUUUUAAAUAUUACAAAUACUUGUUUGGAACUCAAGACAGGCUCAAGAUUAUUGAAGCAAAAUUUUUAAAUGUGAAGACAUCACUAUACUUUAUAAAUAUUAUUCCUCAGAAGAACUUAUUAGGGAAAAAUAAAAAAAUGGCGCAAGCUCAGAGCGGCCAGUUAUCAUUGUAUGUCAAACAACUUCUUCAUCUGCUUGGUUCACUUGAAACCAUUCUGAACUCUGAGCCACAAGGCAAUAAGCUAGAAACUGAGAGGUCCUUGGCACCUGUACCAACCAAGAGUUGCCAGUUACCAUCAUCAGAUGGAAUCCCACUACCGAAACCAUUCGAUUCAUGGGUAUCACCUCCUGAUGGCGAGUGGAUUAUAAAUCAUACAGGGCAUGCAGUCUUAGUUCCUUUCCUAAAAAGUCCGCUUUAUGGGACAUGGUUUAUGAACUCUUCAGGCAACCCAGAAUUUUUACCCAAUGGAAGACAACUUCUUCCCCUUCCUCGGGGAGGAAAAUGGACCAUCUCAUCUAGUGGAAGGCCUGAGUGGGUUGUUACACAAAACCCUACAUGUACAACUGAAGAACAAACCACUCCCCCUCCUGGCGAGUGGAUUAUAAAUCAUACAGGUUAUGCAAUCUUAGUUCCUUUCCAAAAAAUGAGGCUUUUUGGGACAUGGUUUAUGAACACUUCAGGCAAACCAGAAUUUUUACCCGAUGGAAAAAUAUUUCCUUCACUUCCUCAGGGAGGAAAAUGGACCAUCUCAUCUAGUGGAAGGCCUGAGUGGGUUGUUACACAAAACCCUACAUGUACAACUGAAGAACAAACCACUCCCCCUCCUGGCGAGUGGACUAUAAAUCAUACAGGGUAUGCAAUCUUAGUUCCUUUCCAAAAAAUGAGGCUUUUUGGGACAUGGUUUAUGAACACUUCAGGCAAACCAGAAUUUUUACCCGAUGGAAAAAUAUUUCCUUCACUUCCUCAGGGAGGAAAAUGGACCAUCUCAUCUAGUGGAAAGCCUGAGUGGGUUGUUACACAAAGCCCUACAAUUACAACUGAAGAACAAACCACUCCCCCUCCUGGCGAGUGGACUAUAAAUCAUACAGGGUAUGCAAUCUUAGUUCCUUUCCAAAAAAUGAGGCUUUUUGGGACAUGGUUUAUGAACACUUCAGGCAAACCAGAAUUUUUACCCGAUGGAAAAAUAUUUCCUUCACUUCCUCAAGGAGGAAAAUGGACAAUCUCAUCUAGUGGAAAGCCUGAGUGGGUUGUUACACAAAGCCCUACAAUUACAACUGAAGAACAAACCACUCCCCCUCCUGGCGAGUGGACUAUAAAUCAUACAGGGUAUGCAAUCUUAGUUCCUUUCCAAAAAAUGAGGCUUUUUGGGACAUGGUUUAUGAACACUUCAGGCAAACCAGAAUUUUUACCCGAUGGAAAAAUAUUUCCUUCACUUCCUCAGGGAGGAAAAUGGACCAUCUCAUCUAGUGGAAGGCCUGAGUGGGUUGUUACACAAAACCCUACAAUUACAACUGAAGAACAAACCACUCCCCCUCCUGGCGAGUGGACUAUAAAUCAUACAGGGUAUGCAAUCUUAGUUCCUUUCCAAAAAAUGAGGCUUUUUGGGACAUGGUUUAUGAACACUUCAGGCAAACCAGAAUUUUUACCCGAUGGAAAAAUAUUUCCUUCACUUCCUCAGGGAGGAAAAUGGACCAUCUCAUCUAGUGGAAGGCCUGAGUGGGUUGUUACACAAAACCCUACAUGUACAACUGAAGAACAAACCACUCCCCCUCCUGGAGAGUGGACUAUAAAUCAUACAGGGUAUGCAAUCUUAGUUCCUUUCCAAAAAAUGAGGCUUUUUGGGACAUGGUUUAUGAACACUUCAGGCAAACCAGAAUUUUUACCCGAUGGAAAAAUAUUUCCUUCACUUCCUCAGGGAGGAAAAUGGACCAUCUCAUCUAGUGGAAGGCCUGAGUGGGUUGUUACACAAAGCCCUACAAUUACAACUGAAGAAAAAACCACUCCCCCUCCUGGCGAGUGGACUAUAAAUCAUACAGGGUAUGCAAUCUUAGUUCCUUUCCAAAAAAUGAGGCUUUUUGGGACAUGGUUUAUGAACACUUCAGGCAAACCAGAAUUUUUACCCGACGGAAAAAUAUUUCCUUCACUUCCUCAGGGAGGAAAAUGGACCAUCUCAUCUAGUGGAAAGCCUGAGUGGGUUGUUACACAAAGCCCUACAAUUACAACUGAAGAACAAACCACUCCCCCUCCUGGCGAGUGGACUAUAAAUCAUACAGGGUAUGCAAUCUUAGUUCCUUUCCAAAAAAUGAGGCUUUUUGGGACAUGGUUUAUGAACACUUCAGGCAAACCAGAAUUUUUACCCGAUGGAAAAAUAUUUCCUUCACUUCCUCAGGGAGGAAAAUGGACCAUCUCAUCUAGUGGAAAGCCUGAGUGGGUUGUUACACAAAGCCCUACAAUUACAACUGAAGAACAAACCACUCCCCCUCCUGGCGAGUGGACUAUAAAUCAUACAGGGUAUGCAAUCUUAGUUCCUUUCCAAAAAAUGAGGCUUUUUGGGACAUGGUUUAUGAACACUUCAGGCAAACCAGAAUUUUUACCCGAUGGAAAAAUAUUUCCUUCACUUCCUCAGGGAGGAAAAUGGACCAUCUCAUCUAGUGGAAAGCCUGAGUGGGUUGUUACACAAAGCCCUACAAUUACAACUGAAGAACAAACCACUCCCCCUCCUGGCGAGUGGACUAUAAAUCAUACAGGGUAUGCAAUCUUAGUUCCUUUCCAAAAAAUGAGGCUUUUUGGGACAUGGUUUAUGAACACUUCAGGCAAACCAGAAUUUUUACCCGAUGGAAAAAUAUUUCCUUCACUUCCUCAGGGAGGAAAAUGGACCAUCUCAUCUAGUGGAAAGCCUGAGUGGGUUGUUACACAAAGCCCUACAAUUACAACUGAAGAACAAACCACUCUCCCUUCUGGCAAGUGGAUUAUAAAUGAAACAGGACAUGUAGUGUUAAAUGUUUCUGGCAAACAACUUAAUGGGACAUGGUUUAUGAACAUUUCAGGCAAACCAGAAUAUUUACCCUAUGGAAAACCACUUCCUCCCCUUCCUCGGGGAGGAAAAUGGACCAUCUUAUCUUGUGGAAAGCCUGAGUGGGUUGUUACACAAAACUCUCCAUGUGUAACUGAAGAACAAACCACUCUCCCUUCUGGAAAGUGGAUUAUAAAUGAAACAGGGCAUGUAGUGUUAAAUGUUUCUGGCAAACAACUUAAUGGGACAUGGUUUAUGAACAUUUCAGGCAAACCAGAAUAUUUACCCUAUGGAAAACCACUUCCUCCCCUUCCUCGGGGAGGAAAAUGGACCAUCUUAUCCUGUGGAAGGCCUGAGUGGGUUGUUACACCAAAAGGUGAAUGUGUAUCACCCCCUCCUGAUGGCGAGUGGAUUAUACAUUAUACAGGGCAUGCAGUCUUAGUUCCUUACCUAAAAGGGAGGCAUUAUGGGACAUGGUUUAUGAACGCUUCAGGCAACCCAGAAUAUUUACCCGAAGGACAAGAACUUCCGCCCCUUCCUAAGGGAGGAAAAUGGACCAUCUCAUCUUGUGUUAAGUGGGUUCCCAUGUCAAGUACUCAAGGAGCUACUUCAGAACGCCACUACGCACCAACACCCACAAGAUCACAAAUGCCACCCAAAGUGGAAGAUGGCAAUCUCCCUAAUACCAGUUUACAGGAAACAUAUCCAAUAGAUUCUCAUCCUGCCACAAGCAAGGUGUAUCAAGAUGUUUAUAAAACUCUGCAGAAUAUUGAUGAGUGUGUUAGCAAAAUUAUGCACAAACUAGGUUAACACAAUUAAAGUAAGGAUUCAUAUUG